CGCUUCUAUCAGCUGGUUGUGUUUAGGCGGCAAACUUCGUGCUUUAUUGCCGUUCCCGGAAAAACAUCGGGGAAAAUGUUGUGAAACCGUAUUAGCAGUAUUUGGACGUUGCAAUUUACCCACCAUGGAAGACGAUGCAUUUGAUAUUUAUGACGAUUUGGAGGAGUUCGACUACAAGGUUAAAUAUGAUGAGGCAGCAAACGCGCAGAAGGAGCUCCAAGAACAAUUGACGGCUGCUUUGAAGCGAAUAAGUGAACUAGAAGAGCGCAAUGAAGAGCUACAGGAUUCCAUUAACAACUUGGAGAAGAGCUUCCAGAGCCUACUCGAGACGGCAAGAGCUGAAAUCAGAAGAAAGGAUGCGAAAAUUGCAGAGGCUCGCAAAGAGAGAGACGAUGUGCUGUUCCGCCGAAAAGCGAAUCACAGGCCUGAUUUGCCGCAAGAAAAUGUAUUCAGAAGAUCGGAAUCAACUAACGCUCGUCCAAAUUUUCAGGGACAGAAGCACCCAGUCACCUUUGAAAAACAAAAUUUCACCAAUGCAUCCCGUUCUUACAAUGAUCAACCCUCUUUUAGAGAAAAUAGUAGACAUGCUGAUUUAGGGCAAAGUAACAGAACUGGGGAAGAUUUUAAUUUGUUUGUAAGGGAAAAAAUUAUUGCACAUGAAUCGAAUGAUAGAAAUGACAAUAGACAAAUGACAAAUACUCGUAGCUUACGAGAGGAUAUAAGGACAAAAGAUAACAAAUAUCAGCACGAUAAUCCCAGAGCACGUGAACACAGAAGAAGUGAUGACAAUGAGAUAGACAAUAAAAAUCAACAGAGUAUUAAUAAAGAUUCUCGCUCAGAGAAUCGCCGCUCUGGAUCUCGUGGAGGCGAGCAAAAUAAAGACGAGGAUAGAAGACCCAGUUCGGGUCAAAAUAGUAGAAAUUCUCGGAACGAUACUGAUGGGAGGCGGCGAGAUUACAGAGACUCGAGGGAACAGCGUCGUCAUGACUACCAUGAUCGCGAUCGGGAUCGCGACAAACAGAACGAUCGUUAUGGAAAAGAAGGUAGAAGUCGUGAUGACUCCAGAACAAAUCAUUCACGAGGUUCCUACUCGGAUCGCCGAUAUGAACGUAACCGCGAUAGAAAUGACGAAAACUAUUCUAAGCACCCGAACACGACCGAUAGGAAUGGGGAUCGUAAGCGUGGCUCACAUGAUGAUGGACGAUAUCGCAAUGAACGAAGAACUGACUCUGGGAGUAGAAGAGAUAAGGAACACUCAAGCCGGGACAAACAAAUGGAUAAAGAUAGUAAUCGAGAAGAAAGUCGCAGAAACUCGAAAGAACAAACUGAAAAUCGAAGAGAAGUAGAUUUUGAGCGAAAUUCAACAGAAAAGAGGAACAUAACUUCGUCCAAUGAUGAUGAACAGUUACCGAAAAAUGCAAAAAGAAAAAUGGAGACGAAUGAUGUUGAAAGUUCAACGAAACGAAUGAAAUAUAACGAGGAGAAAAGCAAAGGUCCCCAAAGCAGCAAAAACUUUGAAAAUGAAAGAAAAGAUCAAGCAGACAUUGACGAGUAUAGUGAAGAUCAUCUAAAUGCGCUCAGAAAACAAUUGGAAAUGGAAAUCUCCGCUGAAGAGAACACAGGAAAUUUCGAAAUACCAGAAAUGAGGUUAGGCUCACGGAAAAAACAAACUGCAGUAAGUAUUGGUGAGAACGAUUGUUCAGAUCAUAAAGAGGCAACAUCCAAUAGGCAUUCUGAAUCAUCGAGAAGGCAUUCGGAAAAUUUAUCACAGGAAAUGUCGUCUGACCAAAAUAGAGAUAGUUAUGACUUGGUUCGAGAACUCGCCUCUAUUGAAGUUCAAUCCAUCCAAAAUCGGGAGUCGAAUGAGUCCUCGGGAACGUCUGCAUGUGAAGUUUUUCCCGCGAAUCACAUAGAGCAAUGUAUUCCAAAUGAGACUAAAGAAAGGAAAUUAAAUGAAAAAUUAGGUAAUAAAUGUUACAGGCCUUCCGAAACAACUCAGUGUGAACAAUUUGGAAAGGUGAAUACGGACAAGGGUGACAUUGGUGAAACCCAUGCAAUUCCAAACGAGGAGAUAGCUGACGAAAUAACUGAUAUCAAUGAAGAGAAGAAGAGAGGGUUUGGAGAAGAUAAGAACAUGAAUACCAGUAGGGCAAGUUGUCUCCAGCAAAACGAUGUGAAUAAUCCUGAAUUCAAAAACUUGGAGAGGAAAUCUUUAAAAAGCACCGGGAAAAAUGUAAAGCCUUGUAAUAUAGAAACUUCUGAAGGAAAUGAAGAUAAUGGUCAAAUUAGUGGUUGCCAUAAACCCCCUUUGGGUGACAUGGAGCAGCAGUCAAGCCAGGUUCAAAUUAGUGAAGCGAAAUUUGCCACAUCGGCAGACUGUGCAAUGAUUGAUCAUAACACGAACAAUCUAAUUGCAGCAAAAAGGAAUAAUCACGAUGAAAUGGAACUGAAUGGAUUUAGGAAUGGGGACAGGCAAUCCAGCGAAAACACAAAAUCGAAUUCUUUGAAAGCUGCCUUGAAACCUCCACUUUCUAUCGAAAAUCAACUUGAAGCCCCAAGCAUGCCAGCAUUAGAUGCGUCUGUUGAGACUUGCAAUGAAACGCUCAUUAGUAAACAAACAGAUAAAUUUAAGACAGAAUGCGGUACUGUUGAAAAUAAAAAUAAUACUAGUUCAAAGUCAGCCAGGGUCUUGCCGAAGGGGGAUAUAUCUAACGACAGCUUCAAUGAAUCAACUGGCAGAUUGAACACAUCGGCCCUUCUCUCUUACGAAACAUACUUGGCCAAUCACACAACGCCUGUUCCGGUGCCCGCAUCAGAAGAUGAAAUCGCAGGAACCCCAACAAAGCCAAAAACUACAAAAAAGCCGAGGCGAACUACACAGAAAGCUCCCUACAAUGCUUUGGUUGGUCAUCGAAUUGAGGGAUUCGAGCGUAGAAUUCCAGCAAAGAAAUCAACGUUGGAUACUUCACGGGAGUUAAAACAAGAAUUGUUUAGAGAGGCGUUGGGGCAGAGAAGCAGCACUCCUAUCAAGCCGCUCAAUUUAAGUUCUUCUAGCAUUUCGGAUACAUCUUUUAAUACGAGCACUACAGAAGUAAAAGGUGAGAAGCGUGUAGAAAACGAUAAUCAGCAAAUGAAAAUGAAUGUCCAAAAGGAGAAGAAAAAUUUUAAACUCAAUUUAGAUUUAAGCUUUGGUGAAAAUCGCGUCAUUACAAAGGAAGACGUGAAAGUUAUCGUCACGGAUAAUGACCUUCGCUCGAUGAGCAACCUUUCCAAGAGUAACAGCAGUAGUGAAGGCACUAAUCGCAGUGAAAGGGAUACCAAAAGCAGCAGUGGCAUCAACAGUUCAUCAACUACGAGUUCGUCAGAUAAGUCGUCAACUACGAGUUCGUCAGAUAAGUCGUCAACUACGAGUUUGUCAGAUAAGUCGAUUAUUCCUUCGAAAAGUGAAGAUAAUUUCACAAGUUGCACAAUUGACAAUGUAACUGCACCUUCGAAUUAUCCGACGAAAAAACAAAAAAUCAUGACACAGUUGAUGAAGCAAAAUAGUUGCGAGCAAUUAAUCACAAAUAUAGUAACGGCUAGCGCAAACGGCGUGAAUGCUAAAGAAGAGAGCAUCCCCGAGAGCGGCUUAGAAUCUUCUGACAUAGAAAAGAAGUAUCCACCUGCAAUCAAAAGUGCGAAUUCAGUAGGGAAAACUUCUACUAUGCAAAAUGGAGAUUAUUCCAAAAGGAAAAAUGAGUCGUUGGAACAAGAACUUCCGCCACCAAAAAGAAGGAAUACAGUUGAAGAGGGACACGCCAUAAACUCAGCGCCAGACUUGAAUAUUCAAAAUCUAGAAAAGAACAUCCUCGAAGAGAGUAAAGAUUCCUUAUCACGCAGCCGAAUAGCUGGCACUGAAAUUAGUUCUCAUUCAGGUUCUGAUACAGCAAUAUAUUCGUCUUCGACCGAAAAAUCUAACCCAAGUAUUAAUUCUGGAGAUAGUUCGGAAACCAAGCAAUCUACUUGUGAAGAUUUGGGCUUGAAGCAAAAUAACGGUGAUAACUGUUUAGAUUUAACUAAUGAUAUGGAUACGAAGCGAGCAGCUAUUGAGCAGCUCAUGCGUGACCUUAAUUGGAGUUCUAGUGAUCAGCAUAGUAGUGAUCUGGAAAAAUCUGAAACUGAAAAGAAGAGUGAUGAUCACAUGAUUUCAAUGGAUAAAUCAAAAGAGUGUGACAGUGGCAACCAAGAAUUAUCGAAAUUUAGCGAAGAAACAGUAUCGGAUGAUCCUAAAAGUGUGGAAUCUUCAAAGAAGAAUAAAAUUGAAAUUUUAGAUGUACAAAUCGUAACUAGAGGCUGUGCCUUAGAGCUUCCUACUGCAAAUGUGCGAAACAAUACUGACGAUGUUAAAGGACACAGCAAUCAAAAUAUUGUUAGAUUAUCAAAAAAUGUUGAUGAUUCAGAGAAAUAUCGAACACCGCAUGACGAAGAAAAAACAAUCAAAUCAGGUAACACUAAUCGUUCUAGGCCAUCUGUAACAAAGAAGCCACUUGUUCAAGGUAACCACACAAGAAAUACAAGAAGAGCUAAUCAGAAUGGCAUGAAUGCAGGGGAAUCUUCCAAAACAAAAAUGUCUGGAACAAGCAACGAUCAUGUCAUCGACAAAAUAGUUAGGGACCCGAAUGAAUCUUCGAAGACUAAACCGACGAUUUCUACUGCUUCUCCUACUCGCGAUUGCAAAAACAAUGCACCAUCGCAAAAAAUCAAUUUCAAUGAAACCGAAAACAAUAGUUCACAUGCAAAUACAUUUGCGCCAAUGCAAAAACCCGAAAGCACCUCAAACCCGAUUCAGUCCACACCGAAAACUUAUGAUAAGAAUAAUUCCUUGCACGAUUCGGAACUACAGACGAAAUUUUCUCCUAACAACAGCUUGAAUGAGUCCCAAUAUGAGAAACGCAAUAUUUCUAUGGCAUCAAGUGAUUAUGUGAUUGAGAAAGUGGAUAACAACGUCAUAAACGUAUUUAUAACUAGAAGGAAAGUUAAGAAGAAGAAGAAAAAUUGAGACGUGUCUUGUGAAAAUUUAAUGAAAAAUUUUAAGUUCUAAGAAAUGUAAAUAUUUUAGUUUAUUAAAUUAGCAAAAAUCUUUUCUAAGAUCAAAGUUGAA